AUGAUGUCAACUUCACGUGUUGACUUGUUUAGGUUAUGGUAGAUGUGUUUACAUGUAUAUUAAAGCCUACAUGUGAUAAUCAUGUCACGCUUAAUUGUUAAGAAUUUACCAAAAAAUACAACCGAAGAGAAAUUAAGAGAUUUAUUCCAGCAGAAAGGGACUGUUACCGAUGUGCAGUUAAAAUAUACUCCUGAAGGCAAAUUUCGACAAUUUGCAUUCAUUGGCUACCAGCUUGAGAAUGAAGCUGAAGAUGCAGUUAAAUAUUUUAAUAAUAUGUUCCUUAAUACUAGGAAAAUAACAGUUGAGCUUUGUGCAUCAUUAGGAGAUGCAACAAAACCGAAAGCCUGGAGCAAAUAUGCUUCAGACAGUACUUCUUAUAAGAAAAGCCAUUUGGACGUAAAAGAGGAAGAAGUAAGUAAAUCAAAAACAAAAAAGAAAGAAAAGACAGAAAAAAAGAUCAAUGAAGCAGAAGAACUAUUGAAGAAGUAUAAAGAUGAUCCUGUGUUUGAAGAAUUUUUAGAAUUACAUGCUCCUGAACAACACAAGAAGUUUAGCAAACUUAUAGGUGAAGAAGAAAAAAGUGAUGAUAGACCAGAGGAAGAUAAAUCAGAAGAAUCUGACACUUCUGCUGAAAGUGAAGAAGAAUCACAGAAUAAAGCAGCAGAUGAAACUAUUAGUGAUCUUGAAUAUAUGAAAAGAUUGGUGAAGAAACCUGAAAAACCUAAAAAGGAACCUAAGAAUCUUGAAUUGUUUACACUGAAGCUUAAAGGUCUUCCAUAUAAUUGUAAAAAGAAAGACAUCAAGCAUUUUUUCAAGCCUGUAACUCCAUUUUCAAUUAGAAAGCCAGCCAAAAUACAUGGAAUUGCAUAUGUAGGUUUUAAAACUGAGAAAGCUUUUAAAAAAGCCUUGUUGAAAGACCGGAGUUUCAUUGAUGGUAAAAGAAUAACAGUUAUGCAGUAUUCAGGUAAAAACAAAGCAGAUGACUCAAUUAGUUCAGACACAAAGAAAAGUAAAUGGGUAACUCAAGAGGAACAGCUUAAAAAUGAAGAGGACAUUGCUGAAUCUGGGAGAAUUUUUCUUAGGAAUUUAGCGUACACUACAACAGAGGAUGACAUUGAAAUAUUGUUUAAAAAAUUUGGUCCACUGGCGGAAGUAAGUCUACCAGUAGAUCCUACAUCUAAAAAGAUAAAAGGAUUUGGUACAAUAACCUUUGUAAUGCCUGAACAUGCUGUGAAAGCAUAUGGAGAACUGGAUGGUACUAUUUUUCAUGGUCGCAUGUUGCAUUUAUUGCCAGGAAAAAGCAAAGAUGCAUCAAAUGAACUAGAUGAAGAAACAACAAAUUAUAAGAAAAAGAAGCAAGCCAAACAAAAAGCACAAGCAGGGUCUUCCCACAAUUGGAAUUCACUGUUUUUGGGCCAUGAUGCAGUUGCUGAAGUUAUGGCAGAUACUUAUAGUACCUCAAAAGAAAAAGUGUUGGAUUCAAAUGCAAAAGGGAGUGCAGCUGUAAGACUUGCUUUAGGUGAAACUCAAAUAGUAGCACAAACAAGAAAAUAUCUCGAACAGGAGGGUGUUAAACUUGAUACUUUUAAUGGGACUGUAACAAAAAGAUCUAAAACAGUUAUAAUUGUUAAAAAUUUACCCAAUAAAACAGAAGGAAAAGAAUUGAGACAGUUGUUUGAGAAGUAUGGUCUCAUUGGAAGAAUAAUUUUACCACCUAGUGGUAUAACAGGAUUAAUAGAAUUUAUGGAGCCAUCUGAAGCUAGGAAAGCAUUUACUAAUUUAGCAUACACAAAAUUUAAGAAUGUUCCAUUAUAUUUGGAGUGGGCGCCAGAAAAUUCUUUGGGUGCGCCAAACGCACCAGUUUCUGAAAAUAGGGAUAACAAAAUUGAGGGAACUUCAGAAACUGAAUUGAAAAAUGUAGAUGUUAGUGAAGAACAAAACGAGUCUAAUGAAACUGUUGAAGAAGCAGAACCAGACACAACACUUUUUGUUAAAAAUUUAAACUUUCAAACUACUGAUGAAAUUUUGCGAAAGCAUUUCGAAAGCUGUGGCAAAAUUGCUUAUGCAACAGUAGCUACUAAAAAAGAUAAAUCAGAUCCAGCUAAACGUUUAUCAAUGGGAUAUGGUUUUGUGAGGUUUAUGCACAAAAGUGCCGCCGACAAGGCGUUAAAAACGUUGCAACAGAGUGUUUUAGAUGGAAAAUCUUUAGAGUUAAAAAGAUCAGAAAGAACACUGAACAAUGAAGUUUAUACUGUAAAAAAGAACACAAAGUUAACAAAACAAACUGGUACAAAGAUUUUAGUCAGGAAUAUUCCAUUCCAAGCCAACAUAAAGGAAGUCAGAGAGUUAUUUAGCGUUUUUGGAGAAAUUAAAGCUAUUAGACUCCCAAAGAAAAUGACAUUAGAUAGUGGCUCACACAGAGGUUUUGCUUUUGUUGAUUAUGUUACAGCUUCAGAUGCAAAGAAUGCUUUUGAAGCUUUAUCACAAAGUACUCAUUUGUAUGGCCGAAGAUUGGUACUAGAAUGGGCCAGCACAGAAGAAGGUGUUGAAGAGAUCAGAAAAAGAACUGCUGCACAUCUUAUAACUUCUGAACCUACACAAAAGUCAAAAAAGGGCGUCUUAACCAUUGAAUGAUUUCACACAACAAAUAAAGUUUUUUUUUUAAGAAA